AUGUCGGAAGAAGAGCAACAGUCUCAAGCUGGUGACACUAGUGCCAGACCCAUGCGGCGGCCUGAGUCUUAUUGGCUAUCAGAUGCGGACGCCGCUGCAAGAAUACCCAACCCUAUGUACGCCUCCAAUGCAGGCACCGCACCCAUGCAGCAGCCUCAGUCACUGCGAUCACGUGCGGACGCCGCUCCCAAUAUACCAAACCCUAUGUACACCUCCAAUGCAGCGGCCGACCCACCGAUGGACCAACCCCAGACUGAUUACCAGGCACGUGCGAACGACAAUGAAGACACACCCGACGCCACGUACGCCAACAUACCAGACGACCCACCCAUUGACCCACCCAUUGACCCACCCAUUGACCAACCCCGGACUGAUCACCAGGCACGUACUAACGACAAUGAAAACACACCCGGCGCUACGCAUCCCACCAGACCAGGUGAAAUGUAUUAA